GGAAUUUCUUGGCUUGGUGUGUGGGUGACUGUUAUUUGGAUUGUUGCACAGGAUUUGGACUUUGAAUCAGAGCCGGCACUAAUGAGGAACACAAUGGACAAGCUACUCCAAAGGUCAUUGCCCGGGCUACUUCUGUUGUCACUGCUUUAUAGCACAUGCUUGAGCCAAGGAAGCAGAAUUAAUCGCUGUGUGGCUUCCAGGGCAAAAAGCUGCACUGAAUGUAUCAGAGUGAACAAGGACUGCUCUUUUUGCACUGAUGAGAACUUCAAAGAGUCCCGCUGUGAUUUCAGAAAGAACCUAGUAAGCUAUGGCUGCAGUGAGCACAACAUAGUGUUCAUGAAAGGAGAACUACUAACCUUAAAGGAAUUUAGAAUUGAUACCUCUCUGAAGAGAACACAGGUAUCACCACAGCAGAUGUCUGUGAAGUUGCGAGCUGGUGAGGAAGUUAGUUUUCAGAUGGAUGUGUUUGAGCCAUCUCAAUCUCCUCUGGACCUCUACAUUCUCAUGGACUUCUCCUAUUCUAUGUCUGACGAUUUGGACAACCUUAAAAAAAUGGGCCAGCAACUGGCAAACGUCAUGGGGGAGCUGACAGACAACUACACCAUUGGCUUUGGCAAGUUUGUAGACAAAGUUUCAGCUCCACAGACAGACAUGAGACCUGAGAAGCUGCGUGAACCCUGGAGCAAUGCUGACCCGCCCUUCUCCUUUAAGAAUGUCAUCCGUCUUACCCACAACAUUGAUAAAUUCAGCCAAGAGUUAAUGACGGAGCGGAUAUCAGGCAACUUGGAUGCUCCAGAAGGUGGUUUUGAUGCCAUACUGCAAGCCGUUGUUUGCAAGGAUAUCGGCUGGCGGGAAGACAGUACUCAUCUUCUGGUGUUCUCCACGGAGUCUGCCUUCCAUUAUGAAGCUGAUGGCGCCAAUGUCCUUGCUGGAAUUCUGAGGAGGAAUGAUGAACAGUGCCAUCUGAACUCCACAGGCACUUACACCUUUGACACCAAGCAGGAUUACCCCUCCGUGCCUACCCUUGUGCGACUGCUGGGACGGCGCAACAUCAUCCCCAUAUUUGCCGUGACCAACCAUUCUUAUGACUACUAUGAGAAACUGCACAAGUAUUUCCCGAUCUCUGAAAUUGGCAGGCUGCAAGAAGAUUCCUCCAAUAUUGUCGAGUUGAUCCGUACAGCUUUUGAGCGUAUCCGUUCCAAGAUGGAUAUUCGUGCAGACUACACCCCAAAAGCUUUGAAAACAGAAAUAACUUCCAAGAAAUAUGAAAAGACCGACUCUGGCUCGUUCCAGGUUGUCCGAGGGGAAGUGGGCACAUAUGAUGUGCGUGUGAAAGCUCAUGAGCACGUGGGUGGAGAACAGGUCUGUGAUCUUCCGGAGAAAGACCGGAAGGGUUUUAUCCACCUGAAACCCUCUUCUUUCAGCAACAAGUUAGAGAUUGACGCCUCAGUCAUCUGUGAUGCCUGCCCUUGUGAACAGCAAAAGGAACUCACGUCAGCUAGGUGCGAUUUCCAUGGAGACUUUGUCUGUGGACAAUGUGUUUGCCAUGGUGACUGGCGGGGAGACACGUGCAACUGCUCCGCAUCUUCCUCUACUGACAAUGCAGCUUGCAUUCGGCCAGGGGAAGAAGAAGCCUGCUCUGGCCGAGGGGAGUGCCUGUGUGGGAAAUGUCAGUGCUACUCUGAGGAUCUGACCCAGCGGUUUGAGGGAACGUAUUGUGAAUAUGACAUCUUCCAGUGUCGCCGUACCUCUGGAUUCCUCUGCAAUGACCGGGGUCGCUGUUACAUGGGCCAGUGUGUAUGUGAAAGUGGUUGGCAAGGUCCAGGCUGUGACUGUCCAACAAGCAAUGAGACCUGCAUCACCAACAAUGGGAUGAUUUGUAAUGGACGUGGGAUUUGUCAAUGCGGCGUAUGCAUCUGUGAGAACCCUACCCUCUAUGUUGGACCCACCUGUGAAGUCAGCUACGCCUUGGGCUUUCAGCAUGUGUGUGAAGAUAUCCGCAGCUGUGUUCAAUGCAAGGCUUGGAAGACUGGAGAGAAGAAGGGGCAGAAUUGUACAGGCUGUCCUUUUGAUAUUAAAAAGGUGGAUGAAUUGGAAAAAGACGGGGAGGUAAAAACAAUUUGUUCCUUCCAAGAUGAGGAGGAUGACUGCAUCUAUCGUUUCACCGAAGAGAAUCCCAGCAUCGAAGGCAACAGAACUGUUCUUGUGCAAAACAAGAAAGAGUGCCCAGCAAGAAGCUUCCUUUGGCUUAUCCCCUUGUUAGUGCUACUGAUGCUGCUUCUGGCAUUGCUCCUUCUGUUGUGCUGGAAGUUCUGUGCUUGUUGCAAGGCUUGUUUGGCCCUGCUGCCCUGCUGUGUACGAGGUCGCACUGUUGGUUUCAAGGAGGACCACUAUCUGCUUAGGCAGAGUCUGAUGUCCUCAGACCACCUAGACACUCCAAUGGUUCGUACUGGCAACUUGAAAGGCAGAGACACUGUCCACUGGAAGAUCAACAACAACGUGCACAAGCAAGGCUUCUCUUCCCUAGCUCUCAAUCCCAAGGAUAUGAUUCCAUAUGGGUUGUCUCUCAGAUUGGCCCGGCUCUACACCCAAAACCUUGCAAAACCAGAUAGCCGCGAACACCAGCAGCUGCAAAAAGAAGUGGAAGAGAACCUGAACGAGAUUUACAGAACUAUCCCCGGGGCCCACAAAUUCCAGCAGACAAAAUUCAGGUUACAGCCAAAUUCUGGGAAAAGGCAAGACCACACAAUUGUGGACACUGUGCUCACUGCUCCCCGCUCAUCCAAGAAUGAGAUUGUGAAAGUAACAGAGAAACACGUCUCUCAGGAGGCUUUCAAUGACCUGAAAAUGGCACCUGGUUACUAUACUGUAAUCUCGGACCAAGAUGCCCAUGGCCUGGUAGAGUUUCAGGAAGGAGUAGAACUGGUGGAUGUCCGGGUUCCCCUCUUCAUCAGGGAUGAGGAUGAUGAUGAAAAGCAGCUGCAGGUAGAGGCCACUGAUGUUCCUGUGGGGACUGCAGAGAUUGGUCGCCGUCUUGUCAACAUCACUAUCAUUAAAGAGCAAGCCAAAAGCAUCAUUAGCUUCCUCGAACCGGCUUAUUCUUACAGCCGCUUUGACAAGCUGGCAAAAAUCCCUGUUGGCCGUGAAAUAUUGGAGAAUGGGAAGUCCCAGAUAACCUACAGAACACGGGAUCUCACCGCCCAGGAAGGCAAAGAUUAUAUUUUUUCAGAGAGUGACUUGAUCUUCCUGCCUGGAGAGAAGCGGAAGGAGGUGCAAGUACCAUUGCUGGAGCUGACUGAGAUAGAUGCCUUUCUUAACAACCGGCAGCAGAAACAGUUCGUAGUGGAUCUUAUUGAUCCCAGGUUUGGGGCAAAAGUUGGCAAAUACCCCCAAACUAUAGUGACAAUUGAUGAUCCAGAAGCUGUGGAUGGUAUCGCAUCAAUGACAGGCCUAGGUCAAAUCCCAAUGACUUCUAGAAACAGGCUUGGAGCACCCCUUAAUCCAAAUGCACAGGCUCUGAACUCAAGGAAGAUCCGUUUCAACUGGCUACCUCCUCCUGGCAAAGUUGCAGGGUACAAGGUGAAAUACUGGAUCCAAGGGGACCCUGAAUCGGAAGCCCACCUGCUGGAUUCCAAAGUGCCUUCAGCAGAGCUCGCCAACUUGUACCCCUACUGUGAUUAUGAGAUGCAGUCCUGUGCCUACACUGCUACAGAUGAGGGGCCUUACUCUGAAGUGGUUCACUGCCGUACACUUGAGGAAGUUCCCAGUGAGCCCGGACGCUUGGCUUUCAAUGUAGUCUCCUCCACUGUGACACAGCUGAGCUGGGCAGAGCCGGCUGAGACCAAUGGACUAAUCACAGCCUAUGAAGUCACCUAUGGACUUGUCAAUGAGGAAAACCGACCUAUUGGGCCAGUAAAGAGAGUCCUGGUGGAGGAACCAAAGAAGAGGAUGGUUCUGAUUGAAAACCUACGGGAAUCGCAGCCCUAUCGCUACACAGUGAAGGCCAAGAAUGGAGCCGGCUGGGGUCCCGAGAGAGAAGCUACUAUUAACUUGGCCACACAACCCAAGCGCCCCAUGUCCAUUCCCAUCAUCCCUGAUGUGCCAAUAAUUGAUGCCGAAGGGGGAGAGGACUACGACAGCUACCUGAUGUACAGCGCAGACGUCCUGCGCUCACCGUCUGGCAGCAAACAUCCUAGCGUCUCUGACGAUUCUGGCUCUCGAUGGAAACAUGUGCAGCUGCUGGGGGAGGAGCUGGACCUUCGCCACGUCGCCUGGAGGCUCCCAGCAGAAUUGAUUCUUCGUCACUCGGACAGCAGCUGCUUUUCCUCGGAUGCAGAGGGUCUCCUCCAUGAGGGGAGCACCCACUCUGAGCUAGUGGACAGUGACGCAGCCAGCGGCAGUCUGCCAAGAAGUGGGACUCCCCGGCCCCAACCAGAACACAUGAUGAAUGGCCGGAUGGAUUUCACCUUCACCGGCGGAAGCUUGACUCGGACUGGAGCUUCUGGCUACAAUUAUCUAAGUCCACACAUCCACCACGAGAGAAAGAUAAUGGGGACCUCCUCUCUGACCAGGGAGUACACCACAGUGUUGUCUGGGCAAGACUAUUCAAGGAGGAUAGUCCCUCCCAUACAUGAAGAUGCUGGGAGGAUGAUCCUGACGCCACAGGCUGAGGGCUUCAGGAGCAGGGCGAGCAUGAAGGGUUACCAUGACAGCAGUGACGCUCGAGAUUCUAUAGUCAUGACUGAUGGGCCCUCUUGGAUUUCUAAAUACCUAGAUUCCAGGACUCACCUGGGCGUCCCCGAUACUCCCACCCGCUUAGUGUUCUCUGCCCUGGGGCCCACCUCCCUGAAGGUCAGCUGGCAGGAGCCACACUGUGACAAAGAGGUACAAGGAUACAGCGUCCAGUACCAGCUUCUCAAUGGAGGACAAGUGCACAGGCUUACUGUUCCCAACCCUACCCAGAACUCGGUGGUGGUGGAUGAUCUGCUGCCAAACCACUCCUAUGUCUUCAAAGUGAAAGCCCAAAGUGACGAAGGCUGGGGCCCAGAGAGAGAGGGAGUGAUUACCAUUGAGUCCCAAGUGGAUCCACGCAGCCCUCUGAGUCCCGUUCCAGGUUCUCCAUUUACCUUGAGCACUCCUAGCGCACCAGGGCCUCUGGUGUUCACAGCUCUCAGUCCAGAUUCUCUUCAACUGAGUUGGGAAAGACCCCGCCAACCCAAUGGGUUAAUUCUGGGCUACAUGGUCACUUGUGAGAUGCUACAUGGUGGAGGGGAACCCAGGAAUAUCUAUGUGGAGGGAGACAACCCAGAGACUACCUUGAUGGUUCCUUACUUGAAUGAAAAUGUUCCGUAUAAGUUCAAAGUGCAAGCCAAAACCACCGAAGGCUUCGGGCCUGAAAGAGAAGGCAUUAUCACCAUUGAAUCUCAAGAUGGAGGUGCUUUCUCUCAGUUUGGAACACAGCAGUUUACCAAGGAGGAAGUGUACAGUCUUCCCACGGACUAUAGCACCAAAACCAGCAUCACUCAUUCUGCACUGGAUCCCUUAUAUGCAGAUGGCAUGCUGAUGACCACUCAGCGGGUGGAGAGCGGCAGCACCCUCACCAAACAAGUCACUCAAGAGUUUGUCAGCAGAACCAUGAUGUCCAACAGCAGCGGGACAUUCACCAGACAGACAGACAGGCAGUUCUUUGAAGCCUGAGUCCAGAAGGAAGCUGCCGAAUGGACACCUGGCUUUCAACAGGGGAUGAUCUGAA